UCCUGCGCUCCGAGCGCAGCAGCAGUGGCGUUGCUGCGUGCGAUGAGACGAAUCGGAGCGUUUGGGGGCUCCACGGCCCUGUGGGCGCUGCUGGCCGCCCACGUGGCGGGGGCGUUCGAGCCCGUAAGCGUGGGCAUCGCCAUCGGGGCCGUGUCGGCGCUCACCGGCUACCUGUCCUAUACCGACUUCUACUGCCGCUUCACCGAGUGCUGCCAUGAGGAACGGCCCCUCAACACGUCGGCCCUCAAGCUGGACUUGGAAGAGAAGCUGUUUGGACAACACCUUGCCACCGAAGUGAUUCUCAAGGCAUUGACUGGCUUCAGGAACAACAAAAAUUCCAAGAAACCAUUGACUCUGUCCUUGCACGGCUGGGCUGGCACGGGCAAGAAUUUUAUCAGCCAAAUUGUGGCUGAAAACCUUUAUCCAAAAGGCCUGAAGAGUAACUUUGUCCACCUGUUCGUCUCUACUCUGCACUUCCCGCAUGAGCAGAAGAUAAAACUGUACCAGGACCAGCUCCAGAAGUGGAUCCGAGGCAAUGUGAGCGCGUGUGGCAGCUCCGUCUUCAUCUUUGACGAGAUGGAUAAGUUGCAUCCUGGGAUCAUUGAUGCAAUCAAACCCUUCCUGGACUACUAUGAGCAGGUGGAUGGGAUUUCCUACCGCAGAGCCAUCUUCAUCUUCCUCAGCAAUGCAGGAGGGGACCUGAUAACUAAGACGGCCCUGGACUUCUGGCGGGCAGGAAGAAAAAGGGAGGAGAUCCAGCUGAAGGACCUGGAGCCUGUGCUGUCUGUGGGGGUCUUCAACAACAAGCACAGUGGCCUGUGGCACAGUGGGCUAAUAGACAAAAACCUCAUCGACUACUUUAUCCCCUUCCUGCCCUUGGAGUACAAACACGUGAAGAUGUGUGUGCGGGCAGAGAUGAGGGCCCGAGGGGCUGCUAUUGAUGAGGACAUCGUCACCAGUGUGGCAGAUGAAAUGACCUUCUUCCCCAAGGAUGAGAAGAUAUACUCAGACAAGGGCUGCAAGACUGUGCAGUCCCGGCUGGAUUUCCACUGAGCUCUUUCAUCCAGUGGAGUGGGAAGAUUCAGGGGAGCCUCCCACCCCCUUUAAGGCCUUGUCAUGGAGAAGCACUUUGAAGCCCCCCCCCGGGGGGGGCUUUGCACAUUUGCACCUGUGGACUUGGGAUGCUGUCAGUGCAGCAUCUGAAGAUGAACUUUUAGAAUGCUCACACUGUUACUGUGAAUCAAGUGCCUAAAA